AUGGAGAUUUGUUUUUCUUUGCCAAAGGUUGGAUGGUACAAUGCUGUUCUCCAGCCAGCCUUUCACCUCCCCUACUCAGAUGACACACUGGCCUUCGUGGUCCUCAGCACGCCUUCAAUGUUUGACAAAGCCCUUAAACCUUUUGUGAACAAAGAACGGUUGAAAAUAAUCAGGGAUCCUGUGGAUCAAUGUGUUUCUCAUCAUUUAUCAUGUGUGAAGGAGAAAUUCCCUGACCAGAAGGUGGAUGUCAUCUUUGAUUACGAGAUUCUGCCAAGCCGAAAGCCCAAGUUCUUGGCACAGACAGCUGCCCAUGUUGCUGGAGCUGCGUAUUACUACCAAAGGAAGGAUGUGAAGCUUGAUCCUUGGGGGAAAAAGAAGAUCUAUGGCGUAUGUAUCCAUCCCAAGUAUGGUGGUUGGUUUGCUAUCCGGGGUCUCCUCCUGUUCCCAGAUAUUCAGGUACUGUUCCUGAAACAGUCUGCCCCUGUUGACUGUGUGAGCACAGAGGAGAAAAGAAUCGAGUUGCUGGAGCAAUUCAAUUUCCACUGGCAGGAUGGCCGCUACAGGGACAUAAUUGAAGUGAAGGAAAGGUAUUCAGAGGAGCAAAAAGCCUACUUUGCCACUCCUCCAGCGGAGAGAUUCAGACUGCUAGGGCUGACACAAGAAGCCCAAGAAAAACACAUUUCACUGAGUAACAUGGCUCCAUGAAGGGGCAGAGGGCAAGCAAAGUGUAACUCAUCAGCACCUUCUUUUCCACGGUGCUGAGGAGGAUGGCGUGCUGAUACAGAGACAGCAAACCCAAGCAGCACGUGCAGCAUCUCAGUCCAAACAUCAGCUUCUUGGAGUGAGA